UGAUAAUUAUUUUUCGUUUAGGUUGACUAUAGGCUGUAUUUCCAUAUGUUCAUAUUAAUUUUGCAAGGUUUAACUGCCAUUUGGCAAGGGUAAACUGCCAUUGUUCUUUGCAAAGCAAAAUCUGUUUGACGACACGAUUUUUUGAACUUGUUUUAAUAUGGAUCAAAAUCUACUUACAGAAAUGCGAGACCUUAUAACAUUUUUAAAAAGUGUAAACUGCGCAUACUAUUUUGUUUAUAAAACUCAACGAUCAAGGUCCCCAACACAGCUGUGUCAUACUCGCACCCCUCGUUCGUGUUUGAACCCUCUGUAGUACGCGUGCGCAGUAGGGUUAGUUAUUGGACUUCUCGUUAGAGACUAGACGAUAUUUGUUGAUUCAGUCGCACGCAAUUAUCCAAAAUUAUAAAGCAAAAUAAAACGCAUGUCUAAGUUUAGUGAAUCGUUCUGUUGCCAAGUGAAUUUGUAUUAUGUGAAUAAGUUGCUGUGUAUAGAUUCAGCUAAAAUGCCCCUCUUAAUCGACAGUGGACAGAAGAAUGUGGCUACACGGCCGUCGUUUGAAACGUCUUACAAGAACCAGGAGAUCCUGGACAAACUCCAAUGUCCAACUCCGUCGCCGCCCUCAACAGCUACACGGCCGCCGUUUGAAACCUCUUUCAAGAACAAGGACAUUCACAAACUCCAUUGUUCUACUCCAUCAUCAUCCUCAACGUCCUCCUCAACUUCUUUUACAAGCACACCGUCUCCGGAUAAAAUCGACAAUCGGGAUCGAUUCAAUUAUUGCGAGGUAGAUAAAAUGCAAAAUGUAGAGGAACGUCUCAAGUCUUUUGUUAAUUGGCCGGUCCCAUUUCUGUCUCCAGAGAAACUUGCGCAAUGUGGAUUUUACUAUAAGGGUUGUGGUGACGAAGUAAUUUGUGCCUAUUGUAAUGUAGAGAUUAUGAGUUGGAGAGAGGGUGAUGAUCCAGCAGUCGAUCAUAAGCGAUGGUCGCCACAAUGUCCGUUAUUGCGGAUGGAAUCCGACACAGAUAAUUUGUCAAGCUGUUUGUUAAGGAGACAACCUAGUACGGCUAAUCUACCCAUUAGUUCAACUUCUACAAGUGGUCAUGAUGAAUGUGGUACGAGAGCUUUGCCUACCAAGGCAACUCCUGUACAUCCGCAAUACGCAACGAAAGCAGCUCGUCUCCGGACUUUCAACGAUUGGCCGCUCAGUAUGCCUCAGAAACCCGAGGAUUUGGCUGAUGCUGGUUUCUAUUAUACUGGUAAAGGUGACCAAACUAAGUGUUAUUUUUGUAACGGCGGUCUUAAAGAUUGGGAAAAGGAUGACAUACCGUGGGAACAACAUGCAAAAUGGUUCUCUCGCUGUUACUUUGUUUAUCUAGUAAAGGGACGAGAAUAUGUACAAAAAGUUUUAAAUUCGACCCAAAAUAACGUAUCACAGACUACACAAGAAAAACCUGAAACGAAAACAAUACCAGCAGCACCUACAAGUUCUAAUAGCAAUAUUGAACUAGAAGAUACCAGAAAGUUGUGCAAGGUGUGCUAUGAGGAUGAAUGUAAUGUCGUCAUCGUUCCAUGUGGACACGUAUGUGCUUGUGCAAAAUGCGUUCUAUCGACAGACAGGUGUCCUAUAUGUCGCGGAUCAAUAGACAACACACUGCGGUUGUACUUUUCGUGAAAUGUGUAGCCUAGAAAAACACCAAAUGGGCUGAAACCUCAUUUAAAAAGGUGUAUAAAUUCUCAAUCCUUUAUCAAGAUACCACUCUAGUAAUUAUUGCUUGAACAAUAUCUUGAUCAAUCAAAUAAAUUGAAACAAAAUUAUAAUUCAAAUAGCGCCGUGGAAUUGAAUCCGUGGCACAUAACCGCUACAGCCUCUUUAGAUUGUAAUAAGGAUUUUUCACUAGUCUCCUCAUAGUUUGACCUUACAACUCAUUUUGUUGAGCAUAAUAGAAUAUUAACUAAUGACAAAAAUUGAAAUUAAUACUUUGCGCGUCUAUAACUUAGUCAAUAAAUAAGUGAAAUAAAAAUCUUGACAUCCUUGUUAAAUAUAUUAAUUUCACUUAUUACAAUUUUUAUUAUUUAUUUCAUUCAAGUAAAGAGGCGAAAAUUAAGCAGAUAUAUUAUUUUAAAUUCUAAAAUAUUUUUGUCACUCACGUACUUUCUAAUUACAAACAACAUAAUUUCCAAUUAAAAUCACAGUGGAUUGGGUGUCAGGGUUUUAUCAUUUGAACACAAAAAUAUGUAAUAUAAUAAUUAAUAUGAUUUAGAUUAUUUAUGAUUUAGCAUUGUAAUCUAUGUAAUGUAUGUAAAUAAUUUUGUAAAUAUCUACACUACUUUCAAGUUUCAAAUGAAAAAUUAAUAUAACCGUAAUAGAUAUUACAAGCUUAUAUAUUUGGCUAAUGUAUUACAUUAAAAUUACUGAGAGGACGUUUCAUAUUUCCAUCUACCUUAUAUUUUGUAACAACUAUUUUUAUUAAAAAGCUCUAUGUCAUGUAAAAUUCGGUGUUUCUUGUAUCUACAAUUUGUACUAUCUCAAAUUUGUAGCAGAUAAAAUAUCUUACACACCCAAAAUCUUACAAAUUACUAUUAUAAGGCAAUGGAGUUGUUAAUAAUUGUAAUUGUAAUGUUUGAAUAGUUGAGCCACAACUUAAAAUACUAACUUGGAAUGAGAUUUACUGCUAGCUCUCUUGUAAUGUUAAUUGAGCCUUCACUGUUAUAUAUUUCUUACAUACAACAAUUUGGACUGUUACAAUUUAAUUUUAUAAUAGUAAUUAGCAAAUAAUAUGCUCACGGCUGUUAGUCAGAGGCAUUAUCAAAUAAUAUUGUGCACUACCUACUAUUUCCAAGAUUAAUAACUAUAAAUUUAUUUAUUGAAUUACGUAAAUAUGUAUUUGUAUUGUAAAAAGUAGAUGUAGAAAUAUCUAUUAUAUUAAUAUAUCAAAUUUGUGUUUGUGAUAAUUGAUUAAUUUUAUAGAUAAAAGAUGCACAGUAAUACAUGGAUCUAAUAAUUUUCAAUUUAGUUUUGUAAAAUAUUGCUGCUGUAUCUGAAAUUAAAAACAUGUAUAUUUUAUGAAAUUGUUAAGAUAUAAUUGAGAGGCGCACAUAUCUUGUAAGCUCUUGAUUAUCCGUUUAAAAAAAAUUAUCUUGACUGUUUGAUAGAUGGACUAUCAAUACAUAGUUUUAAUUGUUAGGUUUUCAUUAUGAAUACAAUUUUUCCUUAAAUUCUUAUGGGGAACGGUAGAUGACGAGCUCGUCUGAAGUUGCGGUCAGCUACUUAGUUUGCAAUGCAUCUUUCAUUGAUAAAAAUAUUAAUAAGAAAUAUUUGAAUUAAAAAAAUUUGGGUUGUUUGUAAAAAAUAAAAUAGUAUUAUUCUUUUAGUGAUUGUUUCCAUUCUACAAAUGGGGUGCAAGUGUCCAUCCAUAUCAUCUGGGCAAAGUCAACCUCACCUGCCAUUGGUGCACCCUGCUAACAAACGAACGGGGCUCUGGCGAUCUUUAUGCUGGGUUGUGAUCUGAAAUGAUGUUAUAAUAUUACAUAUGUUAACAUACUUGUAUUAUAAUGUUAAAUUUUUGCACAUCACUAAAAAUAGUUUUUCAUUAGUUCCACGAAAUAAAUACCAUGCCCCCAAUUUGCUUAUAUUGAUUUAUGAUUGAUACAUAAUCUAGUGUAAGCGGGUCAUCUCACUGGACAAUCCUAAAAUAAGCUCGAUUGAUAUUUAUUAUCUACUGUAUGUAUAAGUGAAAAUUUUUAAUUCAAAUAUUUCAUAUAAUGAAAGAAUUUCGAUAUUAUUUUUAAAUAUUGUGUGGUGUAUCUUUAUCUAUAAAAUUUUCCUUUGUGAAUUUAAACUAAUAUUAUUGAAGUGGUUUAAUGACAUAUAGAAUUAAUUUGACAGCCAGGUGUUCUUCUGUCACAUAUAUAAUUAAAUAUAUGCAUGUUGUUGUCACAAAGAUCUUGAUAAUUGCACUUUUUUUUAUUAAUAAUUUGCUUUGUUAAAGCCUGCGCACACGAGAGACUAAUCCAAUCUGUUUCCCAGGAAUUUGCUAUAAUGUGUAUAAAUAAUACUUCGUUAUGCAAUGCAUGUAUUUCUGUUUUGUUUUGAUAUACGGAAAAGUAAUUAAAGAACUUACCUCGACUGCGCAGAGCUUUUUAAAACAACUUUAAAAAAAAAUGAAAUUUGGCUGGACUUCUAACAGCCGGAGCUCGGAAACUUCAAAUGAAUAGACUUGCAUUUUAGUUCUUUCAAGAAUAUAUAAGUCUAGAAAAGUAUAUUUAUUUAAAGUAAUAACAUUUGCAAAUUAACGUGAUGUUAUUUUUUAAUGUAACAAAAUCAAUAAUUGCAGUAUAAAAUAGAUUUAUACAGACUUCUACUUUUAAAAGCACUUUAAUAAUAAUAUUAAGUCUCGGUAAAGGUACUGUGAAAAAAGUAUCAAUUUCAGUCUUAAAUGUAAUUAACUACUGACAAAUACACCUAGAUGCCAAAUUAUGUACAUAAACUACUUCCAUUAGUAGAUAUAUAAUUCAUUUGUAUACUUUCAAAAAAAUAUCAAACAAAUAUUCAAUUUUUUGAAUAUAAUUAUUAUUAGAGUUAAAAUAUAACAUUAAAAUAAAAUGAUUUAAUUCAAUAUUA